UGUCUAUCCCCCUUCAUGACAGACAGACAUGUUGCAGUGCUAAAAUAGUUUGGCUCUAAUUGAGCCACUUUUCGGGGGUAUAUGUAUAACAUUCGCAAUAUUUAAUUCAAGGAACUUAAGGGCUUCUUUCUUUAUAGUGUACAGAACAAAGGAUUGGAUAUUUCUACUGAAUUAAGUGAUGUGACCUGAUGCACUGAUGCAAGAAACCCUUCAAAAUUACGCCAAAUUAAGUGCAUUUAGUGAUUUCAAAAAAGUUAAAGUGGAGUCGCUGCCAAUAGAGCAGCAUGUAGUUUCUUCGCUUCAGGUUGUCUCCCCCUUUUUGACACAGUCUUUGACUUCUUCUCGAAGUGCUAGCAACGUCUUCAAGUUGAAUGAAAACCUGUACAACAAUGCAAGCAGCAAUUUCAGUAUUGUUUCAAAUCAAUAUAACGCAGACUACGACGCUCUGCUUACACAAAUUGCAUCUUCUUGCACCUCCUCAUCAAUUAGUGACACUCAGACUGCGGCAACAGGAUUUAGUCUUGCAUCUGUAGCCAGUUCAUCCGCCCGAAAGGGGCAGAAUCCUAACCAUCAGAGCCAGACUUUUCAUCAAACACCACAAGUUUCUGUUGCCCCCAGAGGUGUGAAGAGGAAAGUCUACGAUAACUCUGAAAGUGGAGGAACAGUUCUAGUAGGUGCUGCAAAGCCUAUUGUUGCAUCCACGAGCUUGCAAAAGAGCAAUAAUAUCCGUACACUUGCAAGUGGAGCAGUCGGAGCUUCCAACGGUGGCAGAUUGCACCACCAACACAGUAAUCUGAUGCAGCUGACAGAAGUGCACGCCAUUUCUAGUGAGGAUGAGAGCGGCACGGCCACGACCACCACCACAACCACCACCAAAAAGGCUGCUGCCAAUGCUAGCUCUGCCAACUCUGAGGGAGAUUACCAGCUAGUUCAGCAUGAGGUUCUUUACUCACAAACAGCUUCCUAUGAAGUGCUUGAGUUUCUUGGGCGUGGUACUUUUGGACAAGUCUGCAAGUGUUGGAAGCACCACUCAAAUGAAAUUUAUGCUAUUAAGAUCCUUAAGAACCACCCCUCAUAUGCUAGACAAGGACAGAUUGAGGUUGGCAUUUUAUCUCGACUUGCCCAGGAAAGUGCAGAUGACUACAAUUUUGUCAGGGCUUAUGAAUGUUUUCAGCACAAGAAUCAUACAUGUCUUGUGUUUGAGAUGUUAGAGCAAAAUCUUUACGAUUUUCUCAAGCAGAAUAAAUUCCAGCCUCUUCCACUGAAAUAUAUUCGACCAAUAACAUAUCAGGUACUACAUGCCUUGGGUAAGCUGAAAGAGCUUGGAUUAAUACAUGCAGAUCUUAAACCUGAAAAUAUUAUGCUUGUGGACCCUGUACGCUUCCCUUACAGGGUGAAGGUUAUUGAUUUUGGAUCUGCUAGUCAUGUUUCAAAGGCUGUUUGUUCCACUUACCUUCAGUCACGGUAUUACAGAGCACCAGAGAUUCUGCUGGGUCUACCUUUCUGUGAGGCUAUUGACAUGUGGUCUCUGGGUUGUGUUAUUGCUGAACUUUUUCUUGGUUGGCCGCUCUAUCCUGGCUCAUCAGAAUAUGACCAGAUUCGCUACAUCUCUCAAACCCAAGGUCUGCCUGCUGAGCACAUGCUGAGUGCGGCCACGAAAACCAAUCGUUUCUUUGUUCGAGACAAUUCAGAUGGAAGUUACCCCUUUUGGAGACUAAAGUCUCCAGAGGAACAUGAGCUUGAAACAAAAAUCAAAUCUAAAGAAGCUCGAAAAUAUAUCUUUAACUGCCUGGAGGAUAUUGGCCAGGUAAGGAGAAAAGAUAUCAAUGUCCCUACAGACAUGGAGGGGAGUGAGUUGGUUGUAGAAAAAAUGGAUAGGCAAGAUUUUGUAGAACUACUAAAGAAGAUGCUCACACUGGAUCAGGAAAGGCGCAUUACACCCAGAGAAGCUAUUGUGCAUAAAUUUGUGAGCUUAGAUCGCCUCAAAGAUUAUCCUCACACAAUUAUAUACAAAGCAAGUUUAAGUGCAAUGGAUAUUGCCUACAAACGCCCCCACCGAAUGAUAGACAGCAACUGCAGUAGUGUUAUGCACAGUGUGGUGCCUUCCUCUUCUGGAAAUUUUACUCUUACUUUUAACAACAACCAGUUCAAUAACCAGAUCAAUGCACUCCAUUCGCAGAUGUCUUCAUCUAACAGUCAUAGUCAGAGUGCUACAGAUUUACAGUAUCUCCAGUAUUCCAUUCCAUCUGGUCCAUAUCUUUCAUAUCAAGCUACACCUGUGGGUCAAGGCCUUGACCAGAGAGUAGCUGCAGCUGCUGCUGCAGCUCAGCGCUCAUCUGGACAAUUUGCACGUUCUGAUCCUUUUAGGCAGUCCUUGUGUAUGCCAUCUUUGGUAGUUCCUGCAACUUUGCCAGGGCUGAAUUCACCUGUUCGAUCAAGUGCGGUUUCCAUGGUUACUCAGCCUGCUCCUACGCUUCAGUUACAACCUCAGCUCAUUAGUCAGACAUCUCAGCUGACCCCUGUUACCAUGGUAGAAACUGGAAGACCAGUCCUCAUGGCUAAUGGAAACUGGGCAAGUUCUCGUCCUGUUGUGAUGGGUCCCUGGCCUUCACUAGCACCAGCUGCACAGCGGAUUCCUCAUUUGCAAGAAGCAAUUCCUCCUGAGGCUUGGAGACAGCCCAUCAUGGUUGGAACAGACACAUUCGAAUCUACACCUACAGCUGUUUUGCCCAUGAGCACCUCCAGCCAACAGUGGAACAUAGGAAUGGUUCCAACCUCUUAUUCUUUAACUGCUAGACAUCCCUCUGCACAGAGCAGCAAAAGGCCUACCCGUUAUAGACAACAUAAAGAAAUACCUUCAACUCAACUUUCCCCUGUGAAAAAACGAGUAAAAGAAAGCACCCCACCCAUGUCACUUAUUGACUCGCUAAGCUCUCACCCCGGAGCACAGUCAACAGAAGAAGCUACUCUGCUCCAUUUUGCUGAUUGGUCCUCCGCAUCCUCCUCAGCCUCCUCCCACCUCCGCCAUACCCUAUCCACUUCAUAUCCUCUUCUUCAAACUGCAGGAUUGGCUUCUUCAUCACAUGAACAUUUGCCUAGGCAUCCAUUUAUUGUCAUAAGAGACACACCCAGUCCUGUGCCCAGUGUCAUCACUAUUAGCUCUGAGAGUGAAGACGAAGGAGAUGGGCUUAGGAGUGGACGCAGUUGCAACAAUCGUCACCAUAGGCAUCACCACAGGCAAACACAGCAAGAAGCGCAGUCUGAUCGUUAUCUUGAAUUAAGAAAUGUGCCUCGUGAUGAAACUGACUCUGGUCUUAACGACAGUCAUACUUCUCGACUUGCACGAAGUGGGCGUCAUGAUAACACACUUAAAACAAGCCUUGGCUACUUUCCCACUAGCUUUUCAGAUUCUGCACUAGUCCAGACUUUCGUGGAUGAUAGCUAUUUGACAGUUGCUGAGGGACAUGAAUCUGACAAUGAAGAUAGCAUAGCAACAAAUGGGCACCUUCUAAACUCUGCAAAUAGCACAACUAGUCUAGCAGCAGGCAUUGCUGCAGCCAUGCCAUAUCCUUCAGUGAGUCCAAGUAGUAUUGGUGGUACUAGCAGUAAUGCCAGGCGUGUUCAGCAACACUGCCAUUUGCAUCACCAGCAGCCCCAUGUCCUCAACACAAGCAAUAUUAAACAUGAGCUUAUUGACAGGCUGCCAGUCUCUCAUAGCAUUUUCACACCACAGAGUUUUGGUGGUGCUAGCAGCAGUAACAGUUUAUCCCACUUACGCUUGUCUGAUGUCAGCACCAGUUCUUUUUUGCCCCGUAGUAAUGUUACUACCACUAGUAGCCAUACCAGCAGCAAACAACAUGCAAAAGUUAGUCCAUACAUGCCAAAACAGGAAAUGCAUGCUGUGGCAGAUAGGCUGCGAUGCCGGUCUCCAAAGAUUGAGAAACUGACACCUUUUGAGCUUGAGUUGAGUUCAGCUGCUGCGCAGGGAAAACUUGCUUAUGUUUCUCCCACUGUGAGAGCCCUUCCAACAGCUGCUGCUGCUAAAAUAUCAAUGAAUGUUGCUGGUGGAAACUUGUCAAAUGGUACCCAAGGUUUAACUGCUGCAUCUCAUCUGAGUGGUAGAGGCAAUAUGCGUCUUUGUGUACAGCAGGCUGGUGGAUCAGGCAUGAGCCAGUUGUCUCCUGUCCAGUUGAGUCAACCUGUUCUUUUAAAUACAGAUCUUAGCCAUGGAGAUUACCGGCGUAUGGCUCCUCUUCAUAGCUCUCCUUUACAUCAGUACUUGCUACCUGCUCAUCAACAUCAGCAGAUGACAUUGCCUUCCUCUGCUUCAAUCACACAGUUUGGUGCAUUUUCUCCUACAGUUGCACCUCCACCAGCUCAUCAAUCUCCUAGACAGUUGCAGUAUUCUUCUCACCCACUGCCUGCCCACAUGCAUCCUGUACCUGUGCUUCACCCACCAGGACUCACACCAACCUAUCCAGCCCAGAUUCACCCACAUUAUGCUGCAGCAGCGGCGGCGGCUGCAGCUACAGGUCCAGGAUAUUUGGCCUCAGCCGCACAAUCAGCAGCUCCUCCUGGGGUAUACGCAACAUACCAAAUUAGUCCUGUAAAAACACGCCAGUUUCAGUACUUUGCUUGAUGAAUCAUUUUACAAAAAAUUCUUUUACCACUUAUUAGUUAAACAUGAUUGCAUUAUUCAAGCAUUGCUUAUUUUUUUAUUCAAAUUCUUUUUUGGAAAUAAAUUUUAAAAUAAGUAACUUAUCUAAAAUGUUCAAAUGUUUAAAAAUGAAUCAAAUAUUUAAAAUUUUCAGUUAAUAAUUUGUAAAUCUUUUUAUUUCGGCUGCCUGAAGUAAAUAAUUCAUGGUUGUUUAUUUUAAAUUUUAUUAGGUUUUUAUUUUCAUUUUAUCCUGUUUGCUAUAACAAUGUACUUGAAUAUAUUUCUAUCCUCAAAAAAAAAAUAAAACUUGCUGCAAUGCAAGAUAGUUUUUUCUUAUAUUUGUCUAUUCAGUAAAGGAUUCUAUUGGUGAUGGGUGUUUUAUAUCUAUAUAUUCUAAGUAUAUGUCUGUGUAUUUGUAAUGUUGUCACAGUGGCACAUUCAUGUGGCUGAGAUAAGACCUCAAUGUUGUAUAUUUUGCAAUCAUUGUUAGAAAAUGUCUUGCACCAACUAUUGUCAAAGAUAUUUCUUAAUAUGAUUCAGGUUAAUUGUAUAAAGUUGAACUUGAAUUGCAAAUACACAUUGUACUAUUUUGAACAGCCCAUAUUUAAAAUGGUAAUUGAAAAUGAAGUCUUAUAAUUGUUUGUUGAACAUGUGAUGGCAUUCUUGUAAAGUUUUAUAUCUGUAGGAUAUUAAAAAGAAAGAAUUUUUAUAUUAUAGUAAAAAAAAAUUGGAUUUUUAAAGGUAUUGCAUAGUGGUAAACUGUUAAAUAUUUUAAAAGUUAGAAAAUGUUUGGUAUUUUUGCUUUUUUCAUAUGUUGAAAUGUUUAAUCAAAUAUUUUGAUCUAAUAAGCUAUUACAUUUUUUCAUUUUAAUAAUUUAUUAGUGUUAGAAACUUAAUAGUUAAAAUCAUAUGGGUGCAGGUGUAUGCAAUCAGAUACAAUAUUAUAUUUUUCAUUUCAUCAGUUUUACUUUUCUAUUAGGCAUUUAAUAACUUUUGUUUUUAAACAUUGCAAUUUAUAUAUUACGACUUUUUUUGUUGGUGUUGUAAUUAUUUUAGUGGGAUAUGGAAUUGUUGUUACAGAUUUUAUUACAUAGUUGUUAGGGUUGCAUGAAAUAAUUUGACAAAGUUUGCUUUGCUUAAUUUUAAUAAUCUACCCAAAUUAACUUUGGAAGGAAUUGUGUAUAGUGUUUAUUUGUUUUUAACUUGUACAGCAUUAUUUAUUUUUCUUUUUAUCAAAGGUGCAGCAUAAAUCACAAAAUUAUAGUCAGAAUGAUUUACAAAAGCUCACUCUUGCAAUUUAUGGAUACAAAUCCAAAUUUUUGAUAAACUGUACUGCACAAUAUUACAGUUUUUAUUUCACACAUUUUUAAAAUUGUCCUACACCUGUCUCUUAGACUCUGACCUACAAUCAAACAGUGGCUAACACAUUGUUCCAAAAACUCUAGUGUCAUGACUUUCAAGAAUUUGACAGAUGGGCAUUUUUUGUUUCUUUUUGCUAUUAACAGUGUAUGUGUGCCUUUUUCUGCCCUCUAGGGGGCUUCAAUACCAAUAUAACCUAGACAGAUUUUUUUCCCUAAGAUAUCACCUGUUAAAUAUUUAUUUAUAUAAAUAACUUGAGAUAUUUGUAUAUAUUUGUAUAAUAGACUUGUUGAUUCCAGCUUUUAUCACAUUCUAUGUAUAUGGCAUUAUUACAUCAACCAGAAGCCCUUGUUAGAAGAUGGUUUAUAUUUUUUUUUUUUUUUUUUUUUUUGCAAAACCUGUAUUAUAAUUUGUUGGAUAUUUGAUAAUACUAUUUAAUAAUUUGUUCAUAUCCUAGACAAAAUUUUAGUAAAAGAAAAAAUUUUUUUCUUCAAAAAUUUAAAUGACUUUAAAACCAGUAGUUUUAAAUUUUUCUUUGAUCUCCAGCUUAGAGUGGGUUUCAUUGUUUUAAUCUUUGUCUCAUGUUCUUUUAUAGCACUUCCACUGAAAUUUUGUGAUCAUUUCUUGUCUUUGUACAGUCAGUCACUACACAAAGCUUUUGUUAUUGUGGGCUCCUAAUAUAUGUUUGGCAGUUUUGGUGACUUAUGAACAAAAUAUCUGUUAACCAUUUAUAAAAAAAAAUAGAUUUGUAGUUUGUGCUUGUUUAAUUAACAGAAAACUUUUCAGCACUUAAAUGUGCCAUUGAAGUAUUUUUUCAUUGCAUGCAUGAUUAUUUAAAAUCACUUAGGAGUUUAAUAAAAUUAACCAACAGUUUUUUUUAACGUGAGCAGUUUUCACUUUUAUCUUAACAGCUUGGUAAGAUGUACAUAGAUUUGUGUGGGCAUUCCUUCACUUUUCAUUAAAUUAAAAAAAGAAGUAUGAUAGUUAUAGACACUUAUUAAUUAAAAAAAAAACAAUAAAAUAAAUUGCUGGUUAUUAAGGGAGCAUGGUUUUUAAUUAAUUCAUAAUCAAUUAGAAAGAUUGACUUAUUUUUUAAAUUCGUUGUUUGCUACAGCCAAUUAGACAAUAUUUUCUGCGUUGAGGUUUGGAAGCAGAAUUUGUAUUUAAAUGUUUUAAGAAGCACAGUUAAUGACAAAAAUACAUUAAGAAGCACAGGGAAUGACAUUUUUUAACUAGUCUUUAAGUUUUAAAAAGUUGCUUAAUAAAACAUUUUCAUAAGGGGUCAACUACCUUCAAAUUAUUUUUUUUAUAAACUCUUUUAACCAAGGCUGUCAAAGACUGGUCAAAAUCUAAGGUUGUAACAUUUGCUAGUUUUUGGAUGAGAAAUUGUCAAAACCAAAUACACUAAGGGCUAAAUCUCUUAUGCAAUUUUUUGUGUGAGUUAUAUAUCAAUUAAAUUUAAACUUUCUUAAACUUCCUGAAAUGUUUACAAAGUGUAGCAAUAUCUUAUUUGUACAUUAUCUGAAUCAUCCUUUUAGUGCAUUAUUGUUUUAGGAUCCAAUCAUCUCAUUAUUUGUACUGCAUAUUUAGUAUUAUUGUUAUCUUAAGUAGUUUAUUAAAUUAUUUUUUUCCUCUUCACAUUAAAUCACCUCCAUCCUCACAUUCCAGUCAAAAAAUAAAAUAAUUUAACAGCUGAUUAAAAAAUACUAACAGAAGCAAUUUUUCUUAAAUAAAUAAAAAUAUUUUGGAUCAUUAUUGUGUAAGAGCUGAUAUGUAGAAAGGAUUUUGAUGAACAUAUACAGUAGUAUUCAUAGUAGUCAGAAUUAUAUUUACUUUCAAUUAUUUGUGAAUCCUCUGCUUGUUUAUGAGAAGCUUAGAGAACUUGCUUUUAUUCUACAAGAAUAUUGUUUUACAUUUCAUUUGUACAUGUAUAAUUUUCAUAAAUACUUUAUAAAAUUGUAAUAAAAAAGAGCUUGGGAAGAAACAUAACUUUUUAAGGGAAACUAAUUAGAAUUUCUAGGAAUGGGAAAAGGGCUUGGUUUGUUGGGGGCUAAUUGCUUAUUUGACAACUGCAAUUUUUUGUCAGUAAUUAUCUGUUACUAAAAAUCAAUGCAACCUUUGACUUAAAUUGGUUUUCUUAAAUUGUAUACUUUUUAAAGCCAGCACCUAAUUGUUAAUUGUCAAAUCCACACCCUAAUUACAUUAUUAUAUUAAAAAUUUCAUUGUAAUUAUCCUACAUAUUAUAGUAACAUAUAUAUCAAUAAUAAUUAUACGACAGUAUAUUCUGAGUCUCAGUUCAGAGUCUUUAAUUUACUCUAAAACUGUUAAGUAUUAACAAUCUAAAAAUAAAAUUUAAACAAUCUAGUUAGUUAAAAAUUGUCCUAACUUUAAUGAAGAAGAAAAUUUAAUUACAAGUAGAGGUUGCUCUAAAAAGUUGCAUUUAUAAGCUGAAUGAAUGAAAAGAUCUGAGACUAAUCCUACUUGAUCUAAAACAUGUAAUCAUUUAUCUGUGAAGAGUAAAAUAAUUGUACAGUUAAAAACUGCCAUGUGAUCAGACUUUAUGUAUUUUUAUUUUGUCUCAAUAGCCCAGGUGUAUGAACAAUAUUCAAAACUGGUUUGGAUACAAUUUAAUACAUUUUCCCUCCUGUAUUUUCCAUAUGCUUGUAAUAAUCUGCAUAAAUCGGGUACAUUAUAAUCUGUAUAUAUUAUGUGAUCCAUAGAUAUGUAUUGUGACAUUAAAUUGUAUGUUAUAUAACAACUUUGACAAUUGCUGCUAGAUGGUAUGUCUUUGUGUGCUAGAACUAAUUAAAUAUGGUCUUUUACGUUGUUGGUCCUGUACUAAUUAUCUGCCAUGAUUUUUUUAAACACUGUCUGUUUAUCAGAUUAUUGGUGUUAAAGCACUUUUUU